AUGCACAGUGGUUUUGAACGACACCAGUGUAGCUGCACCGCUGGCGGGGAGGCGAGCACUGCGGAAACAUACCGAGUCGUUGAAAUUGCCUCAAUUGCUGUAAUGAAGCCCACUUUCAUUCUACUGAGGAGUGUGAAAGCCUCGCUGGAGUCACAACGUGCCUGUCCACGAGUAACAGACUCCACACUGAAUUUUACAGUACGACGCGCCCAUGAGGCUGUGAAUAGAGAUGCUGUUCUAAGAACUUGGGGGGAGGGGGGUUGUUGA